AUGGGCAAGCUGCUACCUGAGAAAGAACAAGAAGAGCCGCACAAAGAGCACAGUGGAACAAAAAUCAAAGAGAAAAUAUCGGAUUUGAGUGUGAAGACACCAACAGCGGUGACUGCGAUCAAUUCGAAAACAUCGACAACGACUGAGAGUACGAUUACUCUGGAUGUUAAACAGGAUGCGUUUGGAACACUUGAUGUAAGAUUCGGUUGA